AUGCGGGACUUGGCCCGGCGGCUGCUGACUGAUGACGAGGUGCUGGCGGUCAUCCGCCACUGCUCCAGGUACGUGCAUGAGGGUGGCGUCGAAGACCUGGCGAGGCCCCUGCUGGCCAUUCUGGACAGGCCUGAGAAGCUGCUGCUGCUGCGGGACAUCAGGAGUGUGGUGGCCCCCACGGACCUGGGUCGCUUCGACAGCAUGGUGCUGCCCGUGGAGCUGGAGGCCUUCGAGGCCCUCAAGAGCAGGGCAGUUCGGCCACCUGCUUUGAGGUCGACCCGGCAGGACACACCACCCAAGCGUCACCUUAUCACCCCUGUGCCCGGUAAGUCAGAGUCGCAGAGACCAGGGAGGGGACACAACCUUGGGGAGUCUAAAGAGCGGAGGAAGGGGCUUUUUAGCCCUGCCCCACCCAAGGGACACUGUGGUUCCCUGAAGGAAAGCCUGUGUCCACCAGACCCACUGUGGUGACACCCACUCGCCAUUGUUUACUCAAUAGUUGGUUUGAACCCACUCACUUUUUAAAUCUAGUCUC